AUGUGUCAAAUUAAAAACACAGUUAGAAAAAAAGAAUGUACGUCGAAACAGCUAAGAGAAAAAGUUGAAGAAAUGCAAGUCUUAAAUAUGAAACACGACAAUCAAUUACGUGGACAAAUGAGAUCAGUGUUGAUGAAUUUAGAAAUAGAACAAGCUGCUACGAAAGAUGCAUCUCUAGAGAUUGAAAGGCUUAAUGUUCAGCUGGAUGUAAGUAAAGAAUCCUGCUAUGAGCUUGAAGCGAGAUUCAAUCAAGAUACAGCUGUUUGGACAAUCAAGGAGGAUAAUUACUUAGGGGGGGGGUUGCAGUUGAAUGAAACAGCUGAAAGAGAAAUAAAUGAGUUGUUAGUAAAUUCAAAAUGUGAUGUCAGUAAAUCAAAUACAUCAUCAAUACACUACAACUUACAUUCCAAACCAUGUAUCGCUGUUUUGCUGGAGAAAAUAAGAAAUCUCCUAAUGGCAAACAAUAAUCUUCGAAGUAGACUGAAAACAAGUCACAAGAGAUGGAGGUAA